AUGCGCAGUGGUCUCCUCGAGCUAGCGGCCGGCGGACGGGCCCUGGAAGCACCAGCCGGCCUUCUGCAGGGCCACGCUGCUGUCCGAGGCGGCGGCGGUGGUACCGCCUGCUCUCUGGAACCACGGCCCGCCGCUCCAGUCGCCGCCGCGGCAGCCGCGUGCUGUGCUCGCGGCCUGCCCGCGGUGCCGCAGGCACCCCUGGCGGCCGAGGGCGCGGUGGCGAGGAGGGCCCUGGGCUCGCCGAGCAUGGCGCGGGCACGCAGAGGUGCGGGGAGGAGUCGCAGGGUGCAACGAUCGCAGCGGCGAGACGCACCCCCGAGGCCAAGGUCGUGCCACCGCCACAACUGCCGGCACGCGCGGAAGACUGGUGCGCAGAGGACCGCACGCACGGGGCGAAGCAGAGGGUCGAAGUCUCAAGGAGACCCCGUGCAGCCAAGCGCAGGAAACAAAGAUCCGAACCCGGAGUU